UCAUGGAGUCUCUCGGGACAGUGGUCAGUUUUUUCUCCCAGAAGGUGAAAGAGAAGGUCGUACAGAUACGAGAUCUGUCACUCAAACACAGCACAGACGUUUAUGAAGCUAAGAGACAAACUCCCCCAUCGUUUGGACUAAAAACCGGGGCAUAUCGUUCAGUUCGAACUAUGGUGGAGGCGGAGCUAAAAGCGGGUUUGGUGGACUUCUCCCGCCGUACAGACUCGGGCUGCAGGACGCUGCUGAGACUGCACAGGUCUCUGCUGUGGUUGAAGCUGAUGUUAGAGGGUUUGUCUGAAGGACCCGACGCAGACGGACAAUACAAAACCCCCGGAGAGCUGAGCAGAGACGCCUACAAGGUGGCGUUGGCCCCCCACCACCCUUGGGUGCUGCGUCAGGCGGCUGAGUUCGUAUUUCUUGCCCUCCCUGACCGACAAUACUUCCUGCAGCUGGUGUGUGUUCAGAACCAGCGAGAGGCCACGCCCGUUCUGCAUGUCAUCAUCCACGCCCUGAUGCUUGUGCACACGCGAACUCAACGGAUACUGGCCGAACACAACAUGCUGGAACUGCCAUGACGCCAACAACUUGAUGAUUCUGGACGCUCACCGCACACUCCGCAGACGCACGGCGACUCAUCCACAUGACUCCAGGCGUGUUUGAUCAAGCUGCCGAGGACCUUGUACCAAACGCCACACACCUUGCAGGGCGUUUUACUUCUCUCCACGACGUAAGGUUUGGGCCGGCGCCGCUUAGCCUCAGAUUUCCGCGGCUCAAUGUCUGGUUUCCAGUCGUCGUCUCUGUCACAGUCGUCAACUGCAUCUUUGUCAUCAU